UCUCUCUCCCCCCGCCUGCGGGAGUCGCGGAGUUGCGGAUUGGAGUGUUGUUGCCGGGGUAUCCAGGUUCGGUUGGGAAUCCAGGCCGGAGCGGAACCUAAACCGGGCGGGCGAGCAAGCGAGCGGGUGGACGAGUGAGUGACUAGCGGCGAGUUCACGGCGGCGUGCGGCGCAGUGGAGGGUACUGCCUGCGGGCUCCCAAGCUGCCACCGCUCUUGGGCUAUUGGAGAGAUAAUCGGCGCCCUGGGCUAAAGAGCUGGGACGGACCGGAGUGCUGCCGAGGUGCUAGGACUGGGGGUCGGGGUCUGAGGCUUGGGCGCUGCCUGGGCCGAGCGGACCCUGACGCGAGUGAAGCGGCCCAGGGAGCAUGAGCGGGCCGCGUGUGGACGUCAAGGUGGUAAUGCUGGGUAAGGAGAACGUGGGCAAGACGAGCCUGGUGGAACGAUACGUGCACGACCGCUUCCUGGUGGGGCCCUAUCAGAAUACCAUUGGGGCCGCCUUCGUGGCUAAAGUGAUGUCCGUUGGAGACAGGACAGUGACUUUGGGUAUUUGGGACACUGCAGGCUCUGAGCGCUAUGAGGCCAUGAGCAGAAUAUACUAUAGGGGUGCCAAGGCUGCCAUCGUCUGCUAUGACCUCACAGACAGUAGCAGCUUUGAGAGAGCAAAGUUCUGGGUAAAGGAGCUUCGGAGCCUAGAGGAGGCCUGUCAAAUCUACCUGUGUGGCACCAAGAGUGACCUGCUGGAGGAAGACCGGCGGCGUAGACGUGUGGACUUCCACGAUGUGCAGGACUAUGCAGACAGUAGCUACACCUCAACCCAGGAUAUCAAAGCGAGGCUCUUUGAAACAUCCAGCAAGACAGGCCAGAGUGUGGCCUUUACAGACUUCUUGUAAGCUCAUGGCCUCCAGACCCCCUUGAGUUACCUGAUCCCAACACACUGGUGCUGAGCUGCCACCUCUCUCUGUGACAGAGGACAAGGGCGUGGACCUGGGCCAGAAGGCAAACCCCUACUUCUACAGCUGUUGUCAUCACUGAGUCACCACUCACCUGACCCCGGGGAAUUAAAGGAAUUCCCAGAGGGCUGGAUACAGCUCUUGUCUGGGAUUGGGUGGUCAAAUGUCUGAGCUACCCCAGGUCCCCAGAGGUGCCACUGCCUGUGCUGGCCCAUGGAAUGGAGGCAGUACUGGGUUGACUCUGGGCAUUAGGAGGGCUAAAGGCUGAUUUCAGUCCCAGACAGCACUUUGUCUAUAGGUUAAGUGUCUUCUGAUCUGUAAAUAAAAUCAAUGCACUACGAAUUACA